AUGAGCUCCUGGAGCGCUGGCAUGCUUAACUGCAAGCCUGCCGCUACGCCUGUUGAUACGAAGGCCACGCUUUCUGCCACGGAUGGUUCUCCUACUUCGGAUGCUGCUUUCUACCGGUACAUCGUUGGUGCUCUCCAGUACCUCACUCUAACUCGACCAGAGAUUCAGUAUGCCGUGCAGCAGGUGUGUCUUCAUAUGCAUGCUCCUCGGGACAUUCACUGGGCCGCUGUCAAGCGGAUUCUCCGCUAUGUCUGUGGCACUAUGGAUCUUGGCGUCACGCUUCACGCCUCCGCCGACACCGCCCUCACCGCCUACUCCGAUGCAGACUGGGCGGGCUGCCCUGACACUCGUCGCUCCACCUCAGGCUAUUGUGUCUACCUUGGACCCUCACUUAUCUCGUGCUCGUCCAAGCGGUAG